AUGGUGAUUGCUUACCAUACAGUGGUAAUCUGCAGCAUGCUGCUGUCUUCCCUCCUGUGGCUCAGCGUGUUACCCUUUGCGCCGGGGACUGGCGCCCAAAAUCGGGACACGCCGGAGUCCCAUCUUGUUUCUCUGAGGGGCAUCCUGGAAGGUCCUCUGGCAGGAUGGAAGGCGGUGUUCUACCUCGACCCCAGUCUGGAGGCGCCUGUCUGGGAAUACGUCCGAGGCCUUCUCGUCGGCCGGAACGCAUCCUACGUCCUGGUCGACCUGGGGUCGGACGGCGCUCUGUGGUCGGAGGAGCAGCCGAAGGAACUGCUCCGGGGGAACUUCAUGGUCCACGUGGUCGUGUUCCAAAACGACCCGAGACCUUUUUUUGAAGCGGUCUCCCUCCAGUGGAAUCCCCAGUACCUGCUUUUCUUUAGCGCGUCGAACGUGACCAAGAAUAACUUACUACUGGAAGAUACCUUCAAGGGCAUCGAGAGGUUACUGCUUGUUGAGAAGACGUACCUAACAAGCUCUGCUAGUAGGCCCGUGUCAGGAAUGUUCACCUCGUUUCCGUUUGAAGAGAGAAAGAUCAAAUCUAUUGGCAUCUGGAGCAACACGAAGUUUGCCUCAAAGGAAGACCUCUUCGUCGACCGCUUCGAGUCGUUCAGAGGUUACGAGUUCCAGCUCGGAACAUGGUUCGACGAUUUCCCUUACCUCCACCAGUCAAAGACAAAACCAGAGGGCUACGGCGAUGGCGUGGAGGUUGAGAUGCUCGACGCCAUGGCCAGAGUGCUCGACUUCAAGUACAAUUUCACGACGGAGCCGCCGGACCUGAAGUGGGGGGCCUUCGAGAACGGCUCGUGGACAGGGAUGCUGGGGAUGGUGCACCGCGAGGAAAAGAACUUCACCGUCAACUACUUCGUCAUCACAGGCGAGAGAGUCGACGCCUUCGACGCCUCUGUGUCCUACUGGAUGGAGGGAUUCGGGAUGUCGAUGCUGUCGCCGCCGCCGCUUCCGAAGUGGAGGGGAACUUACUAUUCUUUCACGCCCUUCGUAUGGCUCUCCCUCGCCGUCACCUUCGUCCUCGUCUUGAUUAUUAUAUCAAUACAGGAUAUGCUACAGCCCGAGCCUUUCUUGGGUGGUGUGGGCUCCACGUGGCCGUACCUCCUGCGGGCGAUGUUCAACAACAGCAUCCCGCGCCUGCCGAAGGCCCACUGGCAGCGCCUGUUCGUGGGGUCGUGGUGGCUGUACUGCUUCAUCGUGACCACCGCCUACACGGCCAACCUCAUCGCCUUCCUCACCAUCCCGGUCUUCCCCGGACGCAUCCAGACCGUCCAGCAGCUCGCCGAGAGCGAUUACAGGUCGGCCAUCCCUGUUUCUGUUGGAAACCCUGCACUAGAUCUACUUCUCAAGACCUAG